AUUGCUGACAUGUCAGAAUUGUUACAUCUCGUUGAAUCGCUACAAGAAAGUUUAACUUCUCCUAAUGACCUACAGCAAAAAUCUGCAUUCCAAAAAUUUAAUGCCGGCAUAAAGUCACUUUCAUCUAUUAAGUUCACUGAAAAUGAAGUGUUCCACGUUGUUGACUUCUACGUGUCUCGAUUGGUCCAUUCCGAUCCUAACUUAAUUGGGAUUUUGCUUGAAGGUCUCCUCCUCUUUGCAGACAAUCAAUUACUUUCCGCUAAAUGUGCGGUAAAGAUAUGCAACGAUGGUUUCUAUUCCACUCUCAGUAUUCAAAGUCUUCGUAAAGAAGAACGCAGAAUUGCAUACAGGCUCCUUCUUGCUCUUCUCUCCUCCGAUCGCACCAUUUCUGGUCUGAUAUCAAUGAAAUUAGGGUUCGUUCGCGGCUUUAUCGCUUCAGUUGAAAAUGAAAAGGACCCAGAAUGCCUUAUGGCAGUAUUUUCUAUGCAUAGCAUCGUACUAAAACACUUUAAUCUCGCUCAUUUGGCUGAAGAGCAUUUCGAUGUUAUGGCUGCUUAUUUUCCAGUUGACUAUAAUCCACCGGCUGGAAGUAAAUUAGGAAUAACUCGAGCACAACUGGCUGAUCGAUUGAGAGCUGCUCUAUUUGCUUCACGACAAACUGAUGGAGCUUUUCUAUUGUCUCUUCUUUUGGAAAAGGCGGCAUCCCAUAGGCCGGAGGCACGUGCGGAUGCUCUUGCUCUUCUUGCUGAUUGCGUAAAUGGCAUACACCAUGUUGCAUCUUCGUUUAUUGACUUCCGGAUCAGUACUCUUUCUGACACACCUGCUGAAGAUCCUAUUCCCAUCUCGCAUGUUACUGCUUAUCUAUUUGCGCUUUGCAAUUUGAUUAAGCAGCUGACAAUAGAAAUGGAUGUUUCAGACGAUACCGAGGACAUCAAACAGAUGCUUUGUUUUGUUGCCGGACUAUCGGCUAUGUUCAAAGGGAAGCCAGAAGAGUUAGAUUUCGUGGAGACUUUUCUCAAGUGUCUCUGGCCAGAGAAGUCAGAGGAGGAAGGCGAUAAGGUGAUGAAACUUGACAGUUGGUUUUCUGUACCACCAGACGAUGCUCACGUUAUUCCGACGCAGGCUCCGGAUGCCCUUGUGUCCGAUUGUCUUCUCACUGCAGUUCUCGCGGCUCCUGGUGGUCAUCUACUGCCUCGUCUAUUUCGCCGUCUAGCCACUCCUCUUCUUUGGCUAAGGGUUACCUCACUACCGACAGAGGAUUGCUUCUAUCGAGCUAAAUUUGAACAGUGCUAUGAUAACUCUGUCCCAACCAUAGGUCUAUCGCUCUUUGGACACCGCAUCUCUCCCUUCUCAACCGACUUCUCUCUCACGUAUCUCGUUGUAGUGGUUUAUCGUUCGAAGGCGAAUCUUCAGUUGAAUAAAGAGAAUACUUGCGCCAUUAUCUAUAACCUUUCAAACACACUCAAAAGGGCAUGCUGUGAUCUAAAAAUGUGUGAAUACGAAGGGAAUGUGAAACAAGGUUUCACCGAAGUGGCAACCUUUUCUCUUCUCUGUCGUCUCCUUUUACUUAUUGAAUUCGAUUAUGAGAUGGAGAGAAUGGAAGUUGGAAAGGCAUUCAUUGAAUUCUGUCCCCACAUCUUGGAGCAUAUGCUGUCUGAUUGGACUAAAGAUCCCGUCCUUCGUGCUUUAAGAUUGGAGCAACAAAAUCUGCUGGCCAAUCUAAUGACCCAGGCUUGCUUGGUUGAAGAUGAUCUCAAACUCCUACUCUUUAAGUUACUUGGAGAAGUCUCAUGCAUGGAAUACAAGGGUGUUGCAAUAGAAAUUCUUCAAAGAGCAGCGUGUGGAAGCACUGCCAUUCUUAACAACUUUCUCACCCUUCUGUUUGAAAAUUGUCGUGAUUCGAUAAGCCUAACACCAACGCAAUCGUUAUUUUUUUUCUCAUUAUUUUUUAGAGAACAUGGAGAUGCCUUCGCUUCUUUUGUAGAGUUCACAAAUGCCACCCAGGUGAAAGCGAAUCCAUAUGUUGCCCUCCUUCUAAACAAUGCAAUCUUUUCGGCUAUUCCUCCAAAUUUAUCUGCUCUCCCCCUUAACAAUGUCCUUAACCUCCUAAGCAUGUAUUUUUCAAUUGUCAUCUCCGAUCACGAUUCUUCGACCUUGAAGUGCAUUGCUUUCAAUGAAUUAUGCGUUACCGUCACAUCAAUGAUUAACAAAUUUCCCAACAAAGAAAUCCAAACGACUGUAGAAGGCAUUCUCGACUCCCUAUUAAAGGUGUUCAAAACUGAUUCUGCCAAGUCUCACACUCUCCUAACAUCCGGUUUUGUUGUAUCAGCUUUACGAAGUCUUCUAGUCUCUCAACUCCCUCUCUCUCCUGAGCGGCAACAAUUCAUAGAUAGUCUUCUCAAUAUCAUUUUGUCCAGCACUAUCGACUACAAGAUUGGACUUCAAACUACCUGCAUUCUACAUUCCAUCCACCUUCUUUUACCUCUCUCUGGAAAUUAUCUAGGUGCGGAUAUUGAGCAUGAGGAGAAAGCAGACAUUGAAAGAAUGGCUAUGAAUGAAGAAGUCUGCCAUUGUCUAGUGAAUCCUCUUGCUGUACAGAAGUGCUUCAGUCUAGUGGGAUUGCGUCUUCGCAACGCCUGGAUGGAGAUGAAAUCCAUCUCGAACCCAUCGGCGGAUCAAAUUAAUCUUGCAGAAACCUUUCUCCACGGAUAUCUGCAUCUUGUCUCUCUACUUCCAGACGAUAUUGCUGGAAUAUACGCUUCUGAGGUGAUUGCAAGAUUGGCUGCUGCUCAACGUUCCUCUACCUUCGCCGAUACACCAACUCUCCUGCCAUCUACCGAUUCUGCAGACGACUUACUUGAGAAACUCACCGCUCUUAGACUCACUCUUGCGGACGCUGAUUCAUCACUUAGUACAUCUAACCUACGAUUCAAUUUGGCUCGUUGUUUGCGUUUUCUUGUCGACCUUCCGCCUCCGGUGACAUCGAGACAUCGAAAGGGCGUUAAGCUUCUUCUGGAGGAUCUGCUUGAUGACAACUGUCAGUCUGUACGACUGGAAGCUGCCCGGGCAAACAAUGAGUGGUGUGUCAAGGUGUAG